AUGGUAAAAGUGAAGACUGGAGCAGCAUUCAUUCAGAAGACCUUGAAGAACUUGACAACAAGCACAGGUGCUGUGUCUGUGGUUCACAGUACUGACCUGGUGCUGGAGGCUGUUGUGGAGAACCUGCAGGUUAAACAUGAACUCUUCAAGACUCUGGACAAGUUUGCCCCAGAGCACACUGUAUUUGCCAGCAACACCUCUUCACUGCCUAUCACAGAAAUAGCAAAUUCUACAACCAGACAAGAUAGAUUUGGGGGCCUUCACUUUUUCAACCCAGUUCCCUUAAUGAAGCUGGUGGAGGUCAUUCAGACACCGAUGACAAGUCAAACAACUUUUGAUGCUCUGCAGGAUUUCUGCAAAGCAUUAGGGAAAUAUCCUGUAUCUUGCAAAGAUAGCCCUGGAUUUAUUGUAAACCGUCUGCUUGUGCCCUAUAUGAUGGAAGUCAUAAGACUACAUGAAAGAGGUCAUGGGUCAAAGGAGGAUAUCGAUCUGGCCAUGAGGUUGGGUGCUGGGUAUCCCAUGGGGCCCUUUGAGCUUCUUGAUUACGUUGGUUUGGACACCUGUAAAUUCAUCAUUGAUGAUUGGCACAAAAUGGAUCCUGAUAACCCCCUGUUUGCUUCCAGUCCAGUGCUGAACAAACUGGUGGAAGAAGGGAAGCUGGGUAAAAAGACUGGAGAAGGCUUUUACAAGUAACAAGCAAACAAUGCGAAUAGUACCACAGAGUCCUGUUCUAAACUGCAAACAACCUUUCAAGACAGCUAGAACUGCUUUGCCGCUAAAGGGAAACGAGAAGAGCUGGGUUUCAGUGCUGUUCGAAAGUUAGCACUUAUCAGGGUCAAGUACAGUUUAAACAUGAUGUCGCUUGUGCCUUCUUUUAGCACUUUAACAGUUUUGUUCUGGUAAACCAUCUU